UAAUGCGAUAGCCACUUUGUUUGGAACAUGCGAAGUACCGUAUUUUAGUUUUGCCCUACAGCCUACAACGAUGCCGUAUGUUUUAAUAUCGACGUUGAUUCGUCUUGAAAUUGGCCCGACUAUCGUGGGUGACGAACAUUCUGACGUUGCCCUUAUGAAAGAACUUGGCGCGACUUUACACCACCGAGCAGGAAACCCAUUUAAAGAAUGGAGUGUCGAGGAUCCUCCGCGUAUCGUUCUUGAUAAGCUUGAAGUUCUUGGUUAUAAAUUAGUUGGAACUACUGGAAUUGGACAGACUGCUAUCUGGACACUUCAUAAACCUACCAGUUAGCUUUAACAUAUAAGAAUGUGAAUGUUAUAAUAAUUGGACUGCCUCGGUUUGUAUACAUGAUACUGUGUUUCUUAGUAUAGUAUCAGACUAUCAGUAUAUUCUGUGCUGUUCGUGUAUAUUAGGCUCACAAAUAGGUGGUAACCGUUUUACAACAGCCAAAUGUAGCAACCAACCACUAACUUGUAUAACUAUUAGCCCCCUGCCUCCCAACUACCAACCUCAAACACUUUCCACCAGCCUAAUCUGUAAUUUACAAGAGGUUUAAGAUUGUUCAUAAGCAAUAUGCAGUGGUUAUUGUGUUUCUUUUAGUUUAUUAUAAUAUCUACUGGUUUCCAAUUUCAAUUUUGUUUAGGGGAUUGUAAUGGUUUUAUGUGUGCAAUGUAUGUAUUUUUUUAUAAAUGUAACAUACUCUACAGAUAAUUACAGAUAUUAAUUGUGGUUUAGUUUUUGUCUUUUAGGCAAUCAUUAGAUACCGCUACAGUAUAAUUUUAGCUGAAACUCUCUUACUGCCUCUUUAGUGUUUAUGUAAUCGUUCUGCAUGCUAAUUUUAAUUUAAUCAGUUUGUUAUUAUGUUCAUAUUUGAAAGACAUACUAAGUAGAAGAUUAGAUAUAACAAAACUAUCUAUAACAGUUUUAUGCACUACUGAUUAAGAUGCAAAAAUUAACACACAUCAAUAAUCAACUUAGUAGUCUGUUUCAAGUACUGUUUUAGAAAUACAUGCUUAAAUCAACAACAAGUUUAUAUUUUCUGUUUUUCAUACUAUGUGUGCAAUGAUAUUUACCAAAUGCAAUUAUUUUAAUUCAGUAGACGUUGCAGUAGGGUUAGAAAAGUAACUUUGCUGCUUUUCUAAAUUAUGCGAAUGCUGCGUCAUUUCAUUAUGACGAAGCAUCGAAAUCUUGUAACUUGCGUUGCUCUUGUGGGGUUCCUAUUCAUAUAUGUGGAACUUCGAUUAAGUCAGCUACACAAAACUGAAAUAAAAGAAGUGAAAUCUGUACAAGAACCACAAAGAGUAAAUUCACCUUUGGGUUUUUAUACAGAAACUGAGAAAUUUGAUUCAAAUCUACCAAUUAUUUUGUACAAUCGAGUUCCGAAGACCGGCAGUACUUCAUUUUCAAAUCUUGUAUAUGAUUUAACAAAGACAAAUAAAAUGUAUUGUCUGCAUCUGAAUAUUACAAGGAACAGUUUGAAGAUACCAAUUGGUGACCAGUACAAUCUUGCACUAAACAUGACAACUUGGGUGGAAAGGCGCCCCGCUUUAUAUCACGGUCACUUCGGUUAUUUCUCAUUUGCUCAGUUUGGUUUUCCUGAUCCAAUGUACAUCAAUAUCUUAAGAGAGCCACUUGACAGACUGCUCUCAUUUUAUUACUUUAUACGAUAUGGAGAUGACUUUAGAAAAGGAUUGAAGCGAACUAAACAAGGAGAUAAAACAACUUUUGAUGAGUGUGUAGCUCAAAAUGGACAUGAUUGUCAACCUCGUGCAUUAUGGUUACAAAUCCCAAUGAUGUGCGGUCAAAGUGCUGAAUGCUGGAAAGUUGGCAGCCAGUGGGCCUUACAACAAGCGAAAGAAAAUUUGGUGAAUCGAUAUGCAUUGGUUGGUGUGACAGAACAACUGGAAGAUUUUGUUGUUGUCCUUGAAGCAAUACAACCGCGCAUUUUUAAUGGAAUUAUUAACAAGUUUCGCACAGGUUCAAAGUCUCACAUUCGUAACACAAUCCACAAAGAACCACCAUCUGAAGCUACGCUGGCUGCCAUGAAAAACACAAAAACUUACAGAAUGGAGAGAGAAUUUUAUGAUUUUGCUGUUCGCCAGUUUGAGCAUAUAAAGCGGUAUUCAACUUAUAAAGAUGAAACCGGUACCUUGCAACCUUUGUACGGACAAUAUCAUUAUGAAAAAAUCUUUGGUCCAACUGGUAACAUGGAUCGAAAACAUUAAAUCAAAUUAUAAAGAUAAAACUAGUACCUUGCGGCGUUUGUACAAACAACAUCACUUUGAAAAAAUCUUCUUUUUUUGGUUCAAGUGGUAACAUGGAUAAAAAAUAGUAAAAAAUUUUAAAAAUAUUUAAUUUUAUGUUUUAUUUUGGUACUUAUACUACUUGUGUUAUUUCGCAACACGGCAGGUACCUCCUGCAAAUCUAUAGAUUGCACUGAUUUUUGAAAAUAUUUAAUUUUAUGUUUUAUUUUGGUACCUAUACUGCCUGCGUUAUUUCGCAACACGGCAGGUACUUCUUGCAAGAUCGCUUUGUUAUAUUUGUAGUUUCAAUGGUUCAAUUGAAAAACAAUACAUACUUACUAAAUAAAUUUAACAAGUUUUUUUAAUUUAGCGCUUAUUUAUAAAGCUGUGCUUUCAUAAAAUUCCUUUCUGUAUUUAGUUGUCUUGGAUUAAUUGAAAAACAAUACAUACAUACUAACUAAAUAAGAUUAAACAGCAUGUUUUUUUUUCAAUUUAGUGCUCAUUUAUAAAGCUGUGCUUUUAUAAAAUUCUUUUCUGUACUUAUUUGUCUUAGUAAUAACAGUAUUAUACUUUAAACCUAUUUUUACUGUAAGUUGACUAAUACUUGAUUCUCCAAACUUCUCUUUAUCCUAUUCUAUACAUGACAGGACACAAAUUCAGAUGCUUUAUGUAGAAUACAAGCGAAUAAAAUAUGUACGAGAA